AUGUUCAUGCUGAUGCUCCUACCAAUAAAACCCUGGCGGGGCUGGUGGUGCAGCUUCUCCAGUUCCAGGAAGAUGCCUUUGGGAAGCAUGUCACCAAUCCAGCCUUCACCAAGCUCCCUGCGGAGGUUUGACCUACAGAACCCAUCCAGAAUGGACCGAAAUGUUGAAAUGUUUAUGAACAUUGAAAAGACAUUGGUGCAGAACAAUUGUCUGACCAGACCUAACAUCUACCUCAUUCCAGACAUCGAUCUGAAGUUGGCUAAUAAAUUGAAAGAUAUCAUCAAACGACAUCAGGGAACGUACACUGACGAGAAGUCGAAGGCUUCCCACCACGUGUACCCAUACCCUGCCUCGCAAGAAGACGAAGAGUGGCUGAGACCGGUGAUGAGAAAGGAAAAGCAGGUGCUAGUGCAUUGGGGCUUUUAUCCAGACAGCUAUGAUACUUGGGUCCACAACAGUGAUGUUGACGCUGAAAUUGAAGACCCACCAAUUCCAGAAAAACCAUGGAAGGUUCAUGCAAAGUGGAUUUUGGACACUGAUGUUUUCAAUGAAUGGAUGAAUGAGGAGGAUUAUGAGGUGGAUGAGAGUAGGAAGCCUGUGAGUUUUCGACAGCGAAUUUCAACGAAGAAUGAAGAGCCAGUCCGAAGCCCCGAGAGAAGAGACCGGAAAGCUGCAGCAAAUGCCCGAAAGCGGAAACACUCGCCGUCCCCCCCUCCACCCACACCCACAGAAUCGCGGAAGAAGAGUGGGAAAAAGGGCCAGGCUAGUCUCUAUGGGAAGCGCAGAAGUCAGAGAGAGGAAGAAGAGCAAGAAGAUCUUACCAAGGGUAUGGAAGAUCCGACCCCUGUGCCCAGCAUCGAGGAAGUCGCACUUCCCAAAAACGUAAACCCAAAGAAAGAUAGUGAAAAUACACCUGUGAAAGGAGGAACGGUUGCAGAUCUAGAUGAGCAGGAUGAAGAAACAAUCACAACAGGAGGAAAGGAAGAUGAAGAUCCGAGUAAAGGGGAUCAGAGUCGAUCAGUUGACCCUGGUGAAGAUAACGUUACGGAGCAGACGAAUCACAUUAUCAUCCCCAGCUAUGCAUCGUGGUUUGAUUAUAACUGUAUUCACGUUAUUGAACGGCGAGCUCUUCCAGAGUUUUUCAAUGGGAAAAACAAAUCUAAGACCCCAGAAAUAUACCUGGCAUAUCGCAAUUUUAUGAUUGAUACCUAUCGGCUAAAUCCCCAAGAGUAUUUAACUAGCACUGCUUGUCGGAGGAACUUGACUGGAGAUGUGUGCGCUGUGAUGAGGGUUCAUGCCUUUUUAGAGCAGUGGGGGCUCGUUAAUUACCAAGUGGACCCUGAAAGUCGCCCUAUGGCCAUGGGACCUCCUCCUACUCCUCAUUUCAAUGUCUUGGCCGACACGCCUUCUGGGCUUGUACCUCUUCACCUUCGAUCACCUCAGGUUCCUGCUGCUCAACAGAUGUUAAAUUUUCCCGAGAAGAACAAGGAAAAACCAAUUGAUUUGCAAAACUUUGGUCUUCGCACCGACAUUUACUCUAAAAAAACCUUAGCAAAGAGUAAAGGUGCUAGUGCUGGAAGAGAAUGGACUGAACAGGAAACCCUACUGCUCCUAGAGGCCCUGGAGAUGUACAAGGAUGAUUGGAACAAAGUGUCAGAACACGUUGGAAGUCGGACUCAGGAUGAAUGCAUCCUCCACUUUUUGAGGCUUCCCAUUGAAGACCCCUACCUGGAGAAUUCUGACGCUUCCCUUGGGCCUCUGGCCUACCAGCCUGUCCCCUUCAGUCAGUCAGGAAACCCAGUCAUGAGCACUGUGGCUUUCUUGGCGUCUGUGGUGGAUCCACGCGUGGCAUCGGCUGCUGCAAAAGCAGCUUUGGAGGAAUUUUCUCGUGUCCGGGAGGAAGUCCCAUUAGAAUUGGUUGAAGCGCAUGUCAAAAAAGUACAAGAAGCCGCACGGGCCUCUGGGAAAGUGGACCCCACCUAUGGUCUGGAGAGCAGCUGUAUUGCAGGCACGGGGCCUGACGAACCCGAGAAGCUGGAAGGAGCUGAAGAGGAAAAAAUGGAAACAGACACUGACGGUCAGCAGGCUGAAAAGACAGAAAACAAAAGUGAAAAUGAGAUGAGUGACAGUGACAAAACUCACGACGGAGACGGUGAAAAGCGCAGUGAGAAGGAGCAGGACAAUGAUGUCAGUGAGGACAUUAAAUCAGAAGAAAAGGAGGCUGAGGAGAACAAAGAGCUCACUGAUUCAUGUAAAGAGAGAGAGAGCAAUGUCGGGAAGAAGAAAGUCGAACAUGAAAUCUCGGAAGGAAAUGUAGCCACAGCCGCAGCAGCUGCUCUUGCCUCCGCUGCAACCAAAGCCAAGCAUCUGGCUGCUGUGGAAGAGAGGAAGAUCAAGUCCUUGGUGGCCCUCCUGGUUGAGACUCAGAUGAAGAAACUAGAGAUCAAGCUUCGACAUUUUGAAGAGCUGGAAACAAUCAUGGACAGAGAGAAAGAGGCUCUCGAACAACAGAGGCAGCAACUGCUCACUGAGCGCCAGAACUUCCACAUGGAGCAGCUGAAAUACGCGGAAUUACGGGCCCGGCAGCAAAUGGAGCAGCAGCAGCAUGGGCAGAACCCUCAGGCCCACCAGCUUUCAGGAGGACCUGGCCUGGCCCCACUUGGAGCGGCAGGGCAUCCUGGCAUGAUGCCGCAUCAGCAGCCCCCUCCAUACCCGCUGAUGCACCACCAGAUGCCACCACCUCAUCCGCCCCAGCCAGGUCAAAUACCAGGCCCAGGCCCCAUGAUGCCUGGGCAACCUAUGCCAGGCCGUAUGCUUCCCACCGUUGCAGCCAACAUCCACCCCUCUGCAAGUGGCCCCGCACCUCCUGGUAUGCCUCCAAUGCCAGCAAGCAUCUUAGGACCACGGGUGCCCCUCACAGCACCUAACGGCAUGUAUCCUCCACCACCACAGCAGCCGCCACCCCCACCACUGCCCGCAGAUGGCGUUCCUCCUGCUCCAGGCCCACCAGCCUCGGCUGCACCCUAGCCUGGAAGAGGAGGGAAUCCAUGCCCAGCGCCACCAGCUGGAGAGGGGAUGACAAGACUGGUGCUCCUCACCUCCCUUGGGUUUCUUCAGGAUUUUUCUGCUCACAGCCCCAAGCACGUGUCCUGUGCCUCCCCAUUUCUCCUUUCCUGGGCCCCCUUCGUGCUCGGACACCCCUGGUGCCAGGGUCCUCAGGUCCUCUUAAGGAGAGCCUGUGGUGUCCAUGUGCCCGAGUCUCCAAAAGUGACUGGCGGCCCGGCCCCCAUCCUGGUAGGCUGGGCUGCCAGUUGGCUGUAGGUCCUGUCAGUCGGUAUGCUAUGGCUUUAUGAUUUUUGCUCUUACGGCAGGUUCUCCUUUUGUUUUUCUCUUGUAUUAAUAAUGCUUUUUUCAAUCAAUUUCUUUUCUUUACCCCUUGGUGUUAUUGUUUUAUAAGAGAGCAUCCUAAGUUAAUAGGAACCAAAAAACUGGUGGUGGGCAGGGGAUGGCCACAGGAGACAAACUUUAAGGCAUUAUAAGUGACCUUAUUUCUGCUUAUCUGAGCUAAGAACAGUGCUGAUGGUGGGGCCUCUUGAGACACUGGUCACAGAAUGAUAAGAGAUAGGGAAGAAGGGGGACCCCACUGAUUUCAGUUCCCUGGUGAGGGUCUCCAACCUGCCUCAGAGAACAUGCGAUGUCAACUAGUGUGUGGCAGGGACGGGAAGAGCCCCUCUUCCCCAGGCCUGCUGGCUCUGGUUUUCUAUGCAGAUGAUUUGUUGGAGAGGGGUGGGGUCGGGGGUUUUUUCUCUGAGGGCAGUGUGAGCUUUGAGGGUUGGGGUUUGGGAAGCUCUGCCUUAGUCCCCUAGUUUAGCCAGGACGGUUUUGAGGGUCUAGGGCAACGGCCACCCAAGGAGUCUAGCCUCUGACUGCUUUGUGUGCAUUCUUUUUCCCUCUUUAAGAAACCCUUAAAAAAGAAAAAGGGAGAAGAAAAAGUAGAUAGUAGUCAACAUUUUAGAUGACGAAACUCAAUUAGGGUGGCUGGGCGUGCAGUCCCCAAACUACCUCUCACAGUAGCCAGGGUGAGCAGAGCGUAGUGAAGCGGUGCUUUUGGUUUGGGAUGGGAUUGCAGAAGUGGGAUGGGACCACCGGCCUCUCCGUACCUCCGUUCCCUUUCUGAGCUCUCACACUCCAUCUAUCACAGGGUGCCAAGGCGAUGCCAGGGAGCUCACUUGGCAGGCAGAGCGUCAUGCUGUGGGGCUUGGGGUUCUCAAGCUGGGAGGGCAAUGCCAUUCCAGAGGAAGAACCGUAAACCGCCUUAAUUUGAGUCCAUUUCUAGCCCUGUCGCUUGAGAGUUCGUUUUUCUCCUCUGGUCGGUCCUCCUCCUCUCCCCCGCCUUCUCCCAUGGAUGAGAAGAAAGGGUGCUUUGGAUAGAGCUUGGUUUUCAAAGCACCUGGCCUAGUGACUUCACGUACUCAUUACCUAGAAUGCAAGGUGGAACAUCUUUGGGGGAUCUUUUUCUGUAUGUUCUAAAAAGUUUUACAUGUCAGAGGGGGUAGGGAGGUGUUUCUAAAACAUCUUAGAACUUUUUUCUUAUCAGAAAGCAAAAAAAUCCACAAUUGAGAUUUGCCUUUCAAACCCUCAGGUGUUGCCUCUAACCAACUGGUCCUCAUCACCAUCUGAGCAGAGUCCUAGAGCUGGGGAGACUGUUCUCGAACGUGCUUGUCUGGGCUCUGGGAGUGGACAUGAGCUGGUCCCUACUGGGGUUUAGUUCUGGUUCAUUUUUCUCCUGAGAGACCCCAGUGCCUUUUGAGAAUGGCCAGGGUUCUCCCCACUUCCUGCCAAUCUUUCCCAAAGGAAACUCAUUCCAAAUACUUAACCUUUUCCCCUGGGGUCCUAGAAAAAACAAACAAACAGAAUUCUGGUUCAUACUGUGGUCCCUGGUAACCUCAGGUUUUUUAAUGUGAUCACUUUCAAAUUUAAAAGAUCCAGGUGGAAAUAUUUUUACUAUGCUGGUCAUGAUUCUACAGAAUAUCUAAGUUCUCAGCACUGUUGCGUUUCAGGAUAAGCAGUGACUUUUUCUUUUCAUGUCUGUGAUCUAGUUUCAUUCCUGAUACAGAGCCGCCCAAUUUUGUGAGGAGCGGGGGAAUUAUAUGCGGUUUUUGUACAAA